AUGCGGCUUGGAGCAGCAUACCUGCUGUGGGCAUCAAUUGUUCCCGCAGCGUUAGCAAUUCUCGCGGACGAGGCUUAUCAAAUCGACUACCACCAUGCACUCCUAGGAACUCCCCGUACAGACACCACCUUCUUCCACCGACCGAGCCCAUCCUCGAUAGCUUCGCUACUAUAUACGCACUCGGAGAAGGACAUCCUCGGAGCCGUUAACCCGAAAGACGGUUCACUUGUAUGGAGACAUAAUAUCUCAGACUACUUCCCCCAGGCAUCCGACAAUGCCUUUCUCCGAGCAGCGGAUGGAGACGAGGCGGUAGUCAGCGCAUUCGGGAACGGUGUCUCUUCAUGGGGUGCAGCGGACGGGAGGUUUCAGUGGAUCCAGCGGUUUUCGGAUGGGGAAGUCAGGGACCUUGAGCUGGUUCGCUCGUCUGACGGAUUAGAGGGAAACGCGCAGGAUGUUUUGGUACUUACAGGAGAUAAGAAAGGUGUUGUGAGGCGCUUGGAUGGCGGCUUGGGCGAUCUAAUGUGGGAACAUCGAGACGAGAGGUACGUUUUUCAUGUUUGGGUGAUCAUCUACACUACAUCUCCAGCGCUGACCCCUCCCGCCUUUAGUGACGAUGUUCCAUUCCAGCUAUCCGUAGCAUCCAAGACCGAAGCCUAUUAUAUAUCAUUACACCCGGUUUCCCGAACAGGAUACAAAAUCAAAGUCACCACCCUGGAUUUGAACAGCGGACGGGCUGGCAAGCUAUAUACACUGAGCUCCGAGACUGAAGUAUCAGGGCCGGAAUCGGUUCUAUUUGUUGGCGGAAACGCGGCAGCGCCUUUGAUUGCUUGGACGGACAAGGGGAAUAUCGUUCUCAAACUCAACGUACUUGGAUCCAAUACCGUCGACUCUAUAAAUGUUGAUAAUGCGGAGGUUCGCCAAAUUCGAAUCCAUGCAUCUCGGAGCUCAAAGAGCCCCGCGCACUUCCUGGUGGAAUAUCGUACGGAAUCGGCUUCUUGGGCUGAAGUCUACCAUAUCAAUCGCGAGUCCAUGACCACAUCCAAAAUCUAUAGUCUCCCGGUGGUUCAGGGAAAUUCAGUCAUGAGCGCUAGCACCAGCACCGGUGACGAUAGCCUUUACUUUACACGCAUUACUCCCGCAGAGAUCAGCAUAUACUCAUCUGUUUCCGAUGCGGCCCUAGGGAAGUGGAAACCUAGUGAAAUGGCUGCAGGGAACGCCCAGCAUGCCACUUCUGAGGUCGUUGUACUAGACUCAGGGGUUUCCGUUCGAUUUGCUCGAGUGGAAGAGUCUGGCGAUUGGUCUCUGGUUCUAAACGGGCAAUAUCAAUGGAGCAGGCCAGAGUCCCUUACUGAUGCAAUUGCCUCUGCAUGGGCUGAUGUGAAUGACGGUGUAACCUUGGCCCACGAGCUCGAGGUCGAAGGCCACCAGAGCGUACCAAUGGCUUAUACCCAUAGAUUAAUCCGACAUUUGAAAGACCUACAACAACACCUCCCCGAUUGGCUGAUGGAAAUGCCUAUGCGGGUCUUGACCAGCUUCAUGCCUAACGAUAUCAGCGACCUUAUCCAGUUUGGCUUUGGGCAACAAGUUAUUCUUGCGACUCGGACUGGGCGUGUCGCAAUGCUUGACUCGGGACGUCAAGGCAAAGUUAUGUGGAAUAUCAAAGCUGUAGAAAAUGAUUCUGACUGGGGUGUGAAAGCCAUCACAACCCAACAAGGGCUUGCCACCGUCCAUGUAGAUGAUGGCAGCUCUCUUCAGGUGAACGUCACCACCGGCGUGAUCACGAUGCGUACAGCACCAACGCAGAAAGUUUCAUCAAUCAUGUUUGUCCCAGAAGGCUCAUCAGAGGUCAAGGUCGGCGUUGAAGAAAACGGCGUACCCAUUGCAUCUGCUUACGCCAACGGGAUUGACAACUUCCUCGUCACACGCAGCGGUGAGAAGAAAAUAUUGGGCUGGCACACCGGGAAAUCUAAAGCUCCAAUGUGGGAAUUCACGGUUCCGGAAGGCCAAAAGAUCAUACAUGCCACUGCGCGACCAGCUCAUGAUCCCGUUGCGUCGAUAGGCAAGGUAUUGGGCAACCGAUCUGUUCUUUACAAAUAUCUAAACCCGAACCUUGCCCUCGUUACAGCAACCGGUGAAUCCAGUGUGGAUUUCUACCUCCUUGAUGGUGUCUCGGGCCAGAUCCUACAUACAGCAGGCUAUACUGAAGUUGACACCACCCAACCCAUCGCCUCGAUCAUUUCCGAGAACUGGUUCGCCUAUUCCUUCUGGUCAGAUACUAGCGAAAGGUCGGAGGCAAAGGGCUAUCAACUUAUAGUUUCGGAGCUAUAUGAGUCGUCUCUUCCCAAUGACCGUGGUAUCCUCGGAGAUGCGGCGAACUACUCAAGCAUCAGCACUAACAACAUUGCCCUGCCUCAUGUUAUAUCUCAAGCGUACAUGAUACCCGAAGCCAUUUCCAACAUGGCUGUCACCCAAACCCGGCAAGGAAUAUCAAUCAGGCAGCUAUUGUGCACCCUCCCAGCUUCGAACAGCAUCGUCGGAAUUCCACGGCCUGUUCUUGAACCACGUCGUCCAGUUGGACGUGAACCCACUCCACAAGAAGCUGAGGAAGGAUUAAUGAAGUAUAACCCGAACCUAGAAUUCGAUCCCAGAUGGUAUCUUACACAUUCCCGAGAAGUAUUCGGUAUUCAGCACAUCGAAUCCAGCCCCACAUUACUUGAGAGCACAACUUUAAUAUUCUCAUACGGUUUUGAUAUCUUCGGCACCCGUGUUGCCCCAAGUCAACCUUUCGAUCUGUUAGGGAAAGGGUUCUCGAAGAUCCAGCUUCUACUCACUGUUGUAGCAUUAAUGGCUGGUGUCAGCGCCCUGGCUCCUUUGGCUCGAAGCAAACAAGUAAAUCUCCUUUGGAAAUCAUCUUAG